CGGCCGGGUGAGUGCCCCGUGCCCGGGGCGGGCGGUGGGCAGGGCCCGUCCCCGCGUGCCCGGGACACGUGGCGGUGCCCCCCCCCCCCCCCCCGCGCCCCCCGUGUCCUCCCGGGGACCGAACGGCGGCGGCGCAGCCAGCCCCGGUGCGGAGCCAUGCGGAUCCUGACGUGCCCCGGGCAGCUGCAGCGCCUGGAGGACGCCCUGCGGAGGAGCCUGCCCGCCUCCCUGCCGGUGCUGGGGGCCGUGAUGACGGUGGCGCGGGGGAACCCGGCGGCCCACCAGGUGCUGGUGGACUCGUGGCCCGAUUUCGCCGUCGUCCUCACCCGCCUGCACCCAGAGGAGCUGGCGGACCCCGGGGACUUCUACGCCAACCAGUUGACCGCCUUCUACCGCGAGGAGGGCGCCUGGCGGGCGGUGCUGGGGAACCCCGAGGCCGUGGACUGGAGCCGAGCCUUCCAGAUGCAGGGGAUGCAGGACGGGGUGCACGAGGCCGUGAACGAGGUGGCUGCGGCCAAGGGGCUGCGGGUGAAGGUUUACCGGUACCGAGCGAUGCUGAGUCCUGAGCCGCCCCGACCCCGUGCGCAGAUCCCAGCGGGGCUGCGCCUGGCGCCGCUGUCCCCGUCCCACGUCCCGCUGCUCAACGCCACGUGGAGCUUCGGGGGCACGGGGCGCAGCCGUCGCUUCCUCGAGGGGCUGGUGCGGGCGCUGCCCAGCGCCUGCAUUCUGGACCCCCGCGGGCGCCCGCUCUCCUGGAGCCUGGUGGACCCCCUGGGCUGCCUGAGCCACGGCUACACCGUGCCCGCCUGGCGCGGCCGCGGGCUCAGCGGGCUGGUGCUGGCCGCGCUGGGCCGGGAGCUGCACGCCCGCGGCUUCCCGCUGUACUGCGGCGUGCUGCCCUGCAACGCGCCCUCCCUGCGCGCCCUGCACGCCACCGGCUUCCUGCCGCAGCCCGGCACCCUCUACAUGCUGCUCAGCACCCCCACAUAGCCCCCGGCUGGGGGGCGCAAUGGGGGCGCCACCGCCCCGUUCACUCUGGUCCCUACUGAUGGCGAGUGCCGGCUCCCCGCCCUCCCCCCAGCGUACGGCGGCUCUGGAGAAAAAGGCUUUUAUUCGUUAAUACAAGAAUAGAUCUUCUGCAAUAAAUACCCUAAUAAAUAA